AUACGCUGGGAGAAAAAGCAGGAGGCCAGAGCCCUCAAGGAGCAGAGCACACAGCUAGAGGCUGAGCGGCAAAGGGUGGCUGCCGUGUCUGCUGCCUACUCAGCCUACUUCCAAAGCUGCAGCGCCUGGCAAGCGCAGAUGGACAGCCUGCGGAGGGCCUUCGGGAAGGACUUGUCAGUGGGGACCCCUCCAUUCUUCCCCGGUUGGCUGGGAUGGCCACAGCCAACACCUUCACAUCCUCAGCAGGGUGGUACCCCAGUUUCCUCCUGUUUCCCGCAGCCUCCAUCUUUCCCGCAGCCUCCAUCUUUCCCGCAGCCUCCAUCUUUCCCGCACUCUCCGUCUUUCCCGCAGCCUCCGUCUUUCCCGCAGCCUCCGUCUUUCCCGCAGCCUCCGUCUUUCCCGCAGCCUCCGUCUUUCCCGCAGUCCCCACCCUGCCCAUCUGCCUCCACCGCAGCCCCCCAGACUCCAGGAUCUCUCAUUAUUCACCAUGCCCAGAUGGUUCAGCUGGGGGUCAACAACCACAUGUGGGGCCAGACAGGGGCCCAGUCGACGGAUGACAAGACUGGGUGUCUGGAGGAACCCUGCGUGGGCCCUGCGAGUGAGCAGGAGGGACCCCGACUUGAGCCUCCAGAGUGAUCACGUUGGAGCCCACCUGGAUUCCUAAAGUGACCGGGCUGAGCCCAACCUAGCCUGCCGGAGUGGCCAGGUUGGACUUCACCUGGGUCCCUAAAGUGACAGCGGGGGAAGGGAACCUCGCCUGGGCCCUCACAGUGGCCACGAACUGGACCCAGCUUGGGACUCUAGAGGCCGGGAAGACCUCGCCUGGAAACUCAGGGCCUGGGAAACAUCCAGAACCCUAUUGGACAGGAUUCUGUGGGACCCCACCCUGCACCCUCCAGGGGGACAGAAGACGAUGGGGCCUCAGCUUUCCGAGGUGCUCCCUGAGCCACGUGGCCGUUCACUGUGGCACGUGGUGUCUCUGGGGAGGAUGUGGUGCUGGGGCACUGGAGAGGGUCCUGUCAUUAUACUAGUUAUUGACGGCUGAGCCACAAGCCUGCGUCCCCCAACCACCACCGCCCUCAGGCAACAAGCAAGUGACUCCGCUACGCCAGGAAUCGGAAAAGACGUGCACCAGCCAUUCGGCUCCUUGAGGAGCAGAAACCGGACGUUGUGGGUGCAUUCGCAUUCCAUUGGUCAGCCCGGGCCACGUGACCUUCUGCUGCAAGGGACUUUGGGAAAUGUAGUUUUUUUUGGGCAGCCAUAGCUCAGGAAGUCUUGUAAUGUCAGAAAAGAAGAGAAAAAAAAAAAGAC